UUUCAUCAAUCACCAUUCUCUCUUCUCCAAAAUUGUAUGGGCUUUAGACUCGAUCCUCAAAAAUACCAAUCAAAAUCAUCCAAAUGUUGUCGACAUUUUGUUCUCUCUAUAUCACCUUCAUAUUCCUCGACAUGAUCCAAGGAUGUUUAGGGACUACAUUCCAAUUGGUCAAUAGAUGUGACUACACGGUCUGGCCGGGUACACUAUCCAACUCGGGCAGCUCCGGUCUAGACACAACCGGUUUCGAACUCCAACCCGGUUCCACCCGCUCCAUCACGGCCCAAUCGGGUUGGUCCGGCCGGUUCUGGGGCCGGACCGGCUGCUCAUUCGACCCAGCCACCGGCCGCGGCAGCUGCGCCACGGGCGACUGCGGCUCCGGCCAAAUGGAAUGCAACGGCUUAGGAGCGGCGCCGCCGGCCACCCUCGCGGAGUUCACGGUGGGGUCGUCGGGGAGUCAGGAUUUCUACGAUGUGAGCCUCGUCGACGGGUACAACCUGCCGAUGAUAGUGGAGGCGGGGGGCGGGACGGGGGGCUGCGGGGCGACCGGGUGCGUGGCGGAUCUGAACCGGAUGUGCCCGGAGGAGCUUCGGGCAGGGGGCGGGCAGGGCUGCAAGAGCGCAUGCGGGGCCUUCGGGACGCCCGAGUACUGCUGCAGCGGCGAGUUCGGGUCGCCGGAUAAGUGCCGGCCGACGGCGUAUUCUUCGAUAUUCAAGAAUGCGUGCCCGAGAUCGUAUAGCUACGCGUACGAUGAUCCUACGAGCACCUUCACUUGUAGCGGAGCCGAUUAUACCAUUACGUUUUGCCCUUCGCUCACAAGUAAAAAAUCUUCAAGUUGGUCACCAACUACAAAUGGGCAACCAGCACCGGCCGCGGCCACUGCCAGUGGCUCACACUCUCAUCCAGCCGAAGAUAGUCUGGCGACGUGGCUCCCGACUUUUGUCACCGGUGGCACAUCACAUCUUUCACCGAACCCUAAUCACAUUAUUUGUGUUGCGACGACAAUAACAUUGUUUGCAUUUCUUUUGUGGUAGAAUUCGUAUUUUAGUUUAGCAAAUUGUUGUUAGGAUAUGGAGCACAUUGCCAAACAAAAGAUUUUUUUGUGUAGAGAAACUUCAUAAGAGAAUCAUCCUUCAAUUAGUACUACUUACUACUAUUUUUUUGUAGUUUCUUGACUUCUUCCUUAGGAUGUGUUUAUGAUACUAGUAGUUGAUGGAA